CUUAAACAUUCCAACUUCCGGUACCGUUCGUGCGCCAUCUUUGACGAUAAACAGCCCAUCUAUGUUAUUUUUGUUUUCAUAAAGUAUCAAAAAGUAUGAUACAACACUAAAUCCCGUUUAAUACCCCAAACAUCCAUUUAGUUUUUGCAUUUAACGCAGUAUAAUACUGUAAAACUCGCUGGGAGGACAUUUUAGUGAGAUGUCUCUUGUGGAUUUGGGAAAGCGUUUGUUGGAGGCAGCACGUAAAGGCCAAGAUGAUGAAGUGAGGUCUCUUAUGGCCAAUGGAGCACCUUUUACUACAGACUGGCUGGGGACCUCACCACUUCAUUUAGCAGCACAGUAUGGGCACUACUCUACAGCUGAAGUGCUCCUCCGUGCCGGCGUGAGCAGAGAUGCUCGCACUAAAGUCGAUCGUACCCCUCUUCACAUGGCUUCUUCAGAGGGACACUCAAGCAUUGUUGAAUUAUUAGUUAAGAGUGGAGCAGACAUCAACGCCAAGGACAUGUUGAAAAUGACUGCCCUGCACUGGGCUACAGAACACGGUCACAGAGGGGUCGUAGAGCUACUGAUCAAAUACGGUGCCGAUACUCAUGCCCUCAGCAAGUUUGAUAAAACACCUUUCAACAUUGCAGUGGACAAAGGAAACACUGAGCUUAUGCUCUUAUUACAGGAUGGUAUGCAGAACCAAGUGAACAUGAAUCCAGAGAGGACUAUUUUGAGCACAUCUCCAGCCACUUCCAGUCCUCAGUUCAUCAUCUCAUCACCAGGAGGAGUCAAUCUCUCUGAUAUUGUUCUUACUAAAACAAACACAGCUGGCGAGAGUGUGAUAGCUUCUGACUCUGUGGACUCGGCUAUCCAGCACCUUGUAGGGGAAGAUGGCCAGAGAGUGAUAACCAUAGUAACAGACCAACAGGGCAGCCUGGGACAGAAAUUUUUUGUCACAAUGCAGGGACAACAAAUGGUUGCAGUGCCCGCCGGCCAGAUUUCUGAAGAAAUCAUAACAGAGGACACCAAACCACUUCCAACACGAAAGAGGAAGUUUGAAUCAACAGUCAACCACACAGAUACCAAACAUAAGGAGCUCCCUGAGAAGGACAGUCGGGAACAGUUGGAGCAGCAGCUAAAGGAAGCGAACAGGAAAGCUCAGGAGUAUCGGCAACAGUUACUUAGGAAAGAGCAGGAAGCAGAACAGUACCGGCUCAAACUAGAGGCCAUUACCAUAGGCCAGACCAAUGGCACUGGCACAGAGCCCCAAGAGGAAGUGGUCCUUCAGGAAGAGGAGGAGGAGGAGGAGGAGGUGGUUGGUGGAGAAGAAGUGGUCAUGUUGCCAGAGGGCGCCAUCAUCAUUAAGGAGGAGGCCCUUGACUCCACGGAAGGAGAGACAGUGACAUUAGUAGAUGCAGCAGAUAUCACAUCCACCUCAGAAGUCUCACCAUAACAGUACAUCCAAAGACUUAAAACACUCGGGAAUUACAUAAACUCUUCAAGUCUGUGUACCUGGAGUUUCCGCAUGUAUUUAUUUAUUGUAAAUCAUAACCUUGUGUUUUUAAUCCAUCGUUUUUACUUGUUUUAAAAAAAACUGUUGGGAUAAACCUCCACAAAGACUUAGCAGGAAUUACAAUUAAGUGGCCACAAUAAUGCUAAACUGUUCAGAUUUAUAGGAAUACAGUAGGAAGAGAAGGCGUGUGGCCUUUAACAGCAAGUGGUUAAAGCAAGUUUUGUAUGUUUUGGUGAUAGUGCUGAAGCCACAUUAUUAAACUAAUACUUUAGUAAAGUUCACAUUGACAUGGUGGCAUUGAAUGGCAGAAUACCAAGCAUUAAUCGAAGAUAAGGCAGUUUUUGGUAUUGAACAGUAGUAGAAGUGGGCUAGUUGGCAAUGCUAAAUUAAGUAGCUAUGUAAGUACUUAGUAAAAACUAUUAUGAUGCUUUUAGUCGUUGUUAAAGAUUACUGUUAAUCCAUUCUGAUGAAUGUUUUGCUUGUUUUUACUUUUGUUUUAUGAGAUACACUAAAUCAUGACUUUUGUUUUGUUGAUCUAAAGAAUAUGCAAGAUUUUUUGCAUGCAUUUCAUAGCUGGUUUUGGGUCUGUAUUCUUUUCUUCUGUAAUGCUGUAUAAUUCUGCUGUGUUUCCACACGUCAGCAGGAUUUACAGUUGAUCUGUCAGGGAAGUUACAUCAUCAGUUGUGUUGAAGAACGGCAAUUUGUCUCUUUGCAUGACAUUGAACAGUUUUAAAAUGUGAAUGAUUAUGAAUAUUGUUUUAACAUCAUGUUCUGUAUUAGACAUUUUUCUUUUUAGAGAAAUAUGUUAGCAGUAUUUCUGUUGAGUUUUCCCAAGUACACAGCUGAUGUAUGGCAUUCCUAAUUGAAUUUUAAGGGCUUUAUUGUUUUCUUUGUUGCUCUAAUUAUGCUUUGUACAUAUGCAGAUACUUCUGUUUCCUUCCAUUGAAACCCAUUGACAUUAUACUAUUUAUUGAAUAGGUGCUUGGGUAAUUUGUUUGGCCAAUUUUCCCUUUUACUCUGUCAUGCACUGAAAAUUUCAGUUGUAUAUUAUGUUAUACAAUAUUGCUUUAGAGGUUCAGAAUAAUCUGACACAUAUUAACAAUUGGUAACUGGCAAUUCAGUGUAAUUUUCAGACAUAGAAAAGAAUGUUUACAUCUUUUAUUGUUGUGGAGUAUUACAGAAUUAAUAGUCCAUAACUUUGAAAUGUUUUAGUGUGAAAUGCUUAGAGCUCCUCGAACUGUCAGGCAGACCCAAACACAUGAGGCAAGAUCAACAGAUUUUCCUUGAUGUUUCUCGUUUUUAUAUAUUUACAUAUAUAUUUUUAUAAA